ACACACAACAGCCAACAUGAAAUUCCUGAUUGUAUUCGCCGUUCUCGCCGUGGCCUGCGCUGAGGAGGCCAAGAAGACCGAGAAGCGCGGCCUGUCCGGCCUCGGUUACGGAGGCCUGGGCUACAGCGGCCUCGGCGUCGGACACGGCGCCGGCUUGGGCUACGGCGGCUACGGUGGUUACGGCGGUUACGGCGCCGGUUACGGCUACGCCGCACCAGUAGCGGUCAGCAAGGUAGCGUACACCACCGCCCACGGCCUCGGCUACGGCGGAUACGGUGCGGGAUACGGCGCCGGACUGUCCGGAUACGGCCACGGAUACAGCGGCCUCGGCUACUCCGGCCUCGGUAAUUCCAUUGCGGCUACAGCGGUAGCGGAUACUACCCGGGUUACUCUGGCGUAGGCUACUCGGGCAUCGGCUACUCCGGAUACGGACACGGCCUCGGCGGAUACGGCGGACAUGCCGGAUACGGCGGCUACGGACAAUACUAGACCCUGCUUCCAACGUGUUAAUACUCGGACUAGAAUAAGUUUUGUAAAUUUCUUACUCCACUUCGGGUACUCCCCGCUCUGUGAUAUCUACAACGAUGUAAAUAUGUAAUAAAUAUGACUAUAUGUAUAUAAAAAUGUA